AUGAAGACCUUAGAUACGAUGCAGCCGGAGGCAAGGAAGAAGGGAUCUGAUGUCAAACUUCACGCCACUGAGAUCUUGCUCAAGCACAAAGAGAAGCCCAGCUUUGCAAGGCUAUUCGAAAGGCUGAAGAAGCUCAUUCCGUUUAUGAAUUUCGUGUCGAGCGACCCAUGGCAGGUGCUCACCUUCAAAAAAAAUCAGCACUAUGCUCCUCGCCAUGAUUUCCUCGGAUAUGGAGAUGGGAUGGAAGGGGACACAUUGAUGAGAAAAUUCGGAAAUCGUUUCGCCACGUUCAUGAUCACAAUGAAGAACGCUGAUCAGGGAGGA